AUGAAACUCGUCCACGACAACUUUUUCGUUCUCUUUGCCAUCGUUACCAUUGGCAGUCAACUGUUAUUUGUUUGCACAGAAAGCUCUACAGUAAAUAUGGAUUCAAAUUCUCUUGAACUAAACAAACGUUAUCGAUUUGAUAAUAAAGAAAUAGCAACAGCAUUCGAUAGUAAUGAAAAUAAUGAUCAUGACAACGACAAUGAUUAUAAACUAUCAAUGAACAAACGAUAUCGUUUCGAUAAACGUUAUCGAUAUGACGAAAAACGAUCGGAUCUCGAUCGUAUCAACAAACGAUAUCGUUUUGACAAACGUUAUCGAUUUGAUUAA